AUGGGUAAGAACGAGAUCCUGAUGUGGAAGCAAUGCAGAGCCUUUGCUCUAGAACUUAAUUCUUCAGAGAACAAAGAAAAGAUCACCUCUGUGCUGUAUGGGGAGCGGCUGUAUGUAGGGUGUGGAGACGGAAGGGUGGAGUGCUACGGAGACGAGAAGCUAUACUCGUUCCAGGGAUUUGAGCUGGAAUUCGACUAUCUGGAGAGCUGCGACGUGGCAGAGAAGGUGUUGGCGAUUGAGAGGUUCGACGACGGAGGGCUGAACGAGUUUCUUGUUGUUGGAAACGAAAGAAACCUGAAGAUAUGGAAGAUCCGGAACAGAGGGUCUACGAAGGAGAUUCUGGAAGGGAGGUGUUCCGAGGAGUAUGAGUAUGUAUGUGUCAAGGAGUGCAAGAAUGUGCAUCCCUGCAUCCUCAACAGCCUCAGCUUCAACAACGACAAGCAGUUUCUUCUGUCUUCAGACUAUCUGAAGAUCAACCUGUGGAAGCCGGAAAAGAUCGAUGGAUGCUUCACCAUCGUGGAUGUAAAGCCACACAAGUAUAGUGAUCUGAUGUUUGUGAUCAACUCGACGAAGUUCAGCAAGGAGAUGAACAUGGUGUUUGGGUAUUCGACAAGCUCUGGAGAGAUCCAUAUUAACGACCUGAGACUGGCCUCGAAGUCUCUGGAGGCCUUGACAAUAGAUGGAGUGGAUGUGGAUGGGAUUGAGGGUGCGGUGAGAUCGAUUUCCGACUUCCAGUUUGUCGAUUCGAAUCUGAUUCUUGCCAGGAGCCUCAACUCGGUCACGCUCUACGACCAGAGGAACGCCAAAAACUGCAUUUUCACCACCAUGCUGUGUGACGAUAUGGACGAGAUCAAUGCUGUCUAUGAGUCUGAUGCUGUAUAUGCGAGGUUUAGGAUAUCCUGUUCCAACAACUAUGGGUUCACCGGGGGAUUCAAGGAUGUCGUCCAUGUUGUCAAUCUCGCUGACGGAUCGAAGGAGGAUUUCAAGGUACCUUGCGAGACAAAGAAUGUAGAGAAGAAGGAUAAGCUCAAGCUUGUGAGCUCCAGUGGGGAUAGAUUUGUUGUUGCCUGUGAAGACAGGCUGCUUGAAUAUCAGCGCGUCUGGUAG